AUGAAAUUCUCCAUCACCUCAUGCCUCGCUAUGCUCAUCAUCACUGCCUCUGCAGCUGUCAUUCCCUCAACCGACGACUCUAAUAUGUCAAGUCUUUUUGAAGCCAUAACUGUUGAAAAACGAUUUGACGGAUCCGAAUCAACCGAAGCCCAUAGCAAUGUACUUGAUGACUUGACACAAAAGCUUCAAGAAAUGUCCUAG